UAGGCCACACAGGAAGAAGCCCCUCCUCAGUUACACUUCAGUUCAGCUUGGUGUUCAGACAGUCAACAUGGAGGACAGCGCGCUCUGCAUCAAACUCUUGGUCCACAUGUUAUUUCUGCUGUGUGCACAUGUUCAGGACGUUGAUUCACUGAUUCUCCGUCUUGAACCAAACAGACUGCAGUUCUUUGAAUACGAGUCUCUGAUCUUCCAUUGUGAGGGCUCUCAUGACCCGACUGGAUUGAAAAUUGUACAUCGGUCCAAAGGGGAAUUACUCAAAUGUCAAACUACAGUGACAUCAAAAAGGUCAUCCUGCACUAUUCCUACUAUUUUUCCAGAGGACAGUGGGCAAUACUGGUGUGAGUCCAGAGAUGGGAAGAGAAGCGACAUCAUCGACAUCACUGUUACUGAUGGUGAUGUGAUCCUGGAGAGUCCCAUCAGUGUGGUGGAGGGAGAGACUGUGACUCUGCGCUGCAGACACAAGACGACCUCAUCCAAUCUCUCAGCUGAUUUCUACAAAGAUGGCCGCCUUAUCAGAAGAAGCUCUACAGGAAACAUGAGCAUCUCCAGUGUUUCCAAACGUGAUGAAGGAUUCUACAAGUGUAUCAUCUCUGGAGGAAGAGAAUCAGCCGAGAGUCUGAUGGCUGUCCAAGCUGAUCCUGUGAUCCUGGAGAGUCCCAUCAGUGUGGUGGAGGGAGAGACUGUGACUCUGCGCUGCAGACACAAGACGAACUCUACCAAUCUCUCAGCUGAUUUCUACAAAGAUAGCCGCCUUAUCAGAAGAAGCUCUGCAGGAAACAUGAGCAUCCCCAGUGUUUCCAAACGCGAUGAAGGAUUCUACAAGUGUAUCUCUGGAGGACGAGAAUCAGCCGAGAGUCUGAUGGCUGUCCAAGAUGGUCCUGUGAUCCUGGAGAGUCCCAUCAGUGUGGUGGAGGGAGAGGCUGUGACUCUGCGCUGCAGACACAAGACGACCUCUACCAAUCUCUCAGCUGAUUUCUACAAAGAUGGCCGCCUUAUCAGAAGAAGCUCUGCAGGAAACAUGAGCAUCCCCAGUGUUUCCAAAUGUGAUGAAGGAUUCUACAAGUGUAGCAUCUCUGGAGGACGAGAAUCAGCCGAGAGUCUGAUGGCUGUCCAAGCUGAUCCUGUGAUCCUGGAGAGUCCCAUCAGUGUGGUGGAGGGAGAGACUGUGACUCUGCGCUGCAGACACAAGACGACCUCACCCAAUCUCUCAGCUGAUUUCUACAAAGAUGGCCGCCUUAUCAGAAGAAGCUCUGCAGGAAACAUGAGCAUCCCCAGUGUUUCCAAACAUGAUGAAGGAUUCUACAAGUGUAUCUCUGGAGGAAGAGAAUCAGCCGAGAGUCUGAUGGCUGUCCAAGAUGGUCCUGUGAUCCUGGAGAGUCCCAUCAGUGUGGUGGAGGGAGAGGCUGUGACUCUGCGCUGCAGACACAAGACAAACUCUACCAAUCUCUCAGCUGAUUUCUACAAAGAUGGCCGCUUUAUCAGAAGAAGCUCUACAGGAAACAUGAGCAUCUCCAGUGUUUCCAAACGUGAUGAAGGAUUCUACAAGUGUAUCAUCUCUGGAGGAAGAGAAUCAGCCGAGAGUCUGAUGGCUGUCCAAGAUGGUCCUGUGAUCCUGGAGAGUCCCAUCAGUGUGGUGGAGGGAGAGACUGUGACUCUGCGCUGCAGACACAAGACGACCUCACCCAAUCUCUCAGCUGAUUUCUACAAAGAUGGCCGCCUUAUCAGAAGAAGCUCUGCAGGAAACAUGAGCAUCUCCAGUGUUUCCAAAUGUGAUGAAGGAUUCUACAAGUGUAUCAUCUCUGGAGGAAGAGAAUCAGCCGAGAGUCUGGUGGCUGUCCAAGUAUAUUGA